GGAAACCUGAAGUAUGUAGGUCACUGCAAUUACAAAAUGAAGGUCACUCCGAACAAGGAUGUAAAAAACGGUGAUGAUGAAGCAAUUUAUAUUAGACUUGGCGAUGUUCCGCUAGAUAUGAUGAGGUACAACAUAUCUAUGCAAUCAGGAUCAGAGCGAAAGGAAACGCGAAAGGCUUUACUCCUAAAACUUGGUGCUAAAAAACCAAAGAACGCGUACGUUAACUAUAAGGAGUUGAUGCAGAGUCGUGCUAAGGCGAAAAAAGAAGCCGAAAUGUACCCUUUUGACCGCGCUGCUAACUUUGUGAAUAAAAAGCGGCCUCUAAAGAAGUUAAAGAAGAGGGACAAAAAGAAAAGAAAGAUAAAACUGAAGAAAAAGAUGUCCAAGCCUAUGAAGAAACGUUGAUUGUGGAACUUAUUCAUGUCGUGAGAUUCAGCAUUUGCAUUUUUAUUAUGUGCUAUUAAGCAAAUCUUAAGUAAAGUGAUGCCAUGAUUUUUUUCUGUAACACUGCUGUAUUAGAUCUGGUAAAUGUUUACUCUUAAAUGAACGAUGGUUAUUCGGUGGUCUCGAAAUUUUUUUGUGAUGUGGUUUCUGUGAAGUCUAAGUAGUUAUGGGAGCCAUAACAUCUGAAGCAUACUCUGGGAGUAAUCAUGCUCAAACUAGUAACCUAGUGGGUUUUAUUAACUGGAUGGAAAACAACACAAUUCUGUCUGCGAUCGAUGCGUACGUAAAAAUUGAGGCAACAAGCAUACAGCUGUUAAACGUAAGCUCAGAAGUUCAUCAAAGUGUUGGUAGAAAUUUUAUUUAACUAUUAAAAUCAAUGACAGUACCGCAGCACUAAGUAUACGUUGGCUAGGCUAUUAUACUUGUUUCAUGUAACAAUGGAGAGUAUUACUAUUUAUUGACAUACUUGUUAUUCUCCGUUGUUUUGUUGGAUCGAAUUGUUCGACCUAUGUUGGCAUAUGGACUCCUAUGCGGAUGCCUCGAUAAUGCCUGAAUGUAAAUUAUGAUAAGUUGGUUGGUUGUGGCUAGUAGAAGAAUCUGCAACUCUCGUUUUGUCCUAUUUGGGACUCGUCAGCUGGAUGCGCCUGCACCACAGUGAUGUUGUUUCCACUGAGACUGAAACCUCGUACCCAUCGCUUCAAACGCCAAGGCGUUUGGAAUAUCCGAACCCUCCGUCAAGUCGACCGACAAACUUCACUAACCAAAACUUUAUCAACUCAGGCCAUGGAUAUGUGCUGCUUUUUUGAAACAUAUAUGGGACUCAAGUGUGGCUAUUCAUUCAAUCUAAGCAAAUCAGUGUGGUGAAUCUUCGGACUUCACUAUCUGCCUCUCAUGGACUCAAUGGUGUAAGCAUAGCAUAAAUUUCUCGAGCAGAAAGUACACUUUUCGGCUGGAUAUCAAUCAAUAGUCGUCUGUGUGCUGUCCGAACGAAUGGAUCUGUAAGAGCUAAGAAGAAUCGUUAGAAUUGCCGAUGCCCACUCAUAACCUCAGUCUAUGUACCUACCGACUGCUGUUUGGAUAAUUCAAAGGAUGAAUUCUAUCAAAAGCUGUCAGUUUCGCUGCGGAAAGCUAAACGUUCAGAUGUGGUCCUGAUAGCAGAUGACUUUAACGGUUAGAUAGGCAAAGUGAGUCAAUCGGAAAGGUCUCUUGGGGGUAUGUGCGGAAUCUCAUGCCAAAGGACUAACCAUAGUGAAUGGUUUUUGCGUUUUUUGUUCUAACAACCGCUUGUUUCUGCUCAACAUUAGGUUCAGGUGUAAGGAGACACUAUUUCACACAGCAUUCACUGAAACUGAGACAACGACGGACACAAAUAGAUCAUAUUAUUGCAAGCCAUUGUUGGAG